AUCUAUUGUUACACAGCUUGCUAAACGGUGUAACAACCAUCCGUUUCGUGACAUUAAGCUAAAGCUAAAUACAGUAUUGUCAUUCAAAACGGGGGUAAACUUCGCAGUCACUGCGUGUUUAUCAGGCCACUCUAACCAGCUAUGUCUAGUAAGUUAUUGGAAAAGUUAACUGGCAUUCUUGUGUGUGUGUGACAUCUUUCUUACGCUACUCGUAACGUCCUUUAAAAGGUAGCCUGGGGUGGGCGUUAAUAAAUGAUCACUCAUGUCAGUUUUAAUUAGCUGCGUUCAGCCGCAAACUGUCUCGUGACUUCUGUCAUUGUUAUCAGAAAGUUCUAGAUUCCGGUGUGGUCGCGUUAGUUUCCGCUUGUGUCCUGUUAACCGCAGGGAGCGACCCGUUUCUCACCGCUACGGUUAGAUCUGCUGCUAUGUUAAGGACUGUCCACACCUCUUAGAUCAUUUGAGACAGCAUUGCUUACUCAUGGAGAUGCAGCAUUCAGUCUUAUUACAUCACAUAACUGGAACAAACUCUCAGAAAACAUGAGGCUGUAACGUCAACAGUGCGAGUGUGCAGUCCUCCCUGCCAAGGAAGGAGAGGCACCAGGGACCAUGAGUGCGAAUGGCCCUCACACAGAGGCGACGAUGUACUUCGAGGUGGAGGUGGAUCACCUGGGGCAUGAUGACGAAGAAGAAGAGGAGGACAAGAUACACUUCGACAAAGACGACGACCUGAUCGCCGAGCCUUCGUCGUCUUCUGGACGGGUGUAUGACCGCACGACGGUGCUCAUUGAGCGGGACCCAAUCCGGCUUGAUGAGGAGGGAGAAGAGGAGGGUCACUGUGGAGGCUACGACGAUGGUGUCACCUUCCUUACUGAGGGGGAAGGAGAUGAGGAGGAUGGCUCUCUGGCCUUUAUGAACGACCCCGAUGGCAUGUCACAGGGUUAUGUGCACCACACCAUUUCUCCAGACCAGAUCCAGUUCACAAUAAAUCCAGGCUCCACUCGCAUGCCACGUAACAUAGAGGGGGCCACCCUCACCUUGCACUCCGAGUGCCCAGAGACGAAGCUGAGAGAGGUGAAGCGCUACCAGUGCAUGUUCGAAGGCUGCACCAGGACGUACAGCACGGCGGGAAACCUGCGGACGCACCAGAAGACCCACCGGGGCGAGUACACGUUUGUGUGCAAUCAACAGGGCUGUGGGAAGGCCUUCCUCACCUCCUACAGCCUCAAGAUCCACGUGCGCGUUCACACCAAGGAGAAGCCGUUUGAGUGCGAGGUGCAAGGCUGUGAGAAGGCCUUUAACACGCUAUACAGACUAAAAGCACACCAGAGACUUCACACAGGCAAGACAUUCAACUGUGAAUCAGAGGGAUGCACAAAGUACUUUACCACACUUAGCGACCUGAGGAAGCACAUUCGCACACACACGGGGGAGAAACCAUUCCGGUGUGACCACGAUGGCUGUGGCAAAGCAUUUGCUGCGAGUCAUCACCUAAAAACACAUGUACGGACACACACAGGGGAGAAGCCAUUCAACUGUCCCAGCGACGGCUGUGAGAAGACUUUCAGCAGCCAGUACAGUCUGAAGAGUCACAUCCGGGGCCAUGACAAAGGGCAGCCCUUCACCGUCACCCUCACCCACCCGCUCUCUGAAGAUGCAAAUCACUCGCUGUGCCUCAGUGACUUGAGCCUCAUCUCUACCGACUCGGAGCUACGAGAGAACAUCCAUAAUGCUCACCAUUUGGACCUCAGCAAUGUUACCCCUGUGAAAAUCUUUGAGCUCAUGUUCCAGAGUCCUGAAAAUAGUGUCAGCCAAGAUGAUUCCCAUCCCAACGAGAGCCUUGCUGAAUCCUUCAGCCUAGAGACGCCUACCCACUCGCUGGUGACUGAUGGAUCGCCUCUCUUCUCUUUCUCUCUGCAUCCUACCUGCUCGUCCUCCUGUUCCCACACGACUACAGCUAUGGAGGCUCCUUCCCGGCUCCGUCGGAGCUCUUCCUCUCAGGCCUCCACCACGCCUGCUUCUGUCACCGCUGCUGUCGGCUCAACACAGCCUCCCCCUUUCAUUCAAGUGACCGGGCCUCAGCAGAUCUCCGACGUGCCUGCCCAAGCUUCCAUCCAAGCACCGAACCAUGUGACCCCCCAGCACUACGUGGCACUGCCGCCCGCAUUCCUGCAGCCGGAUAGUGACACCCAGACCGCUCCUCUACCGCCAGCUGUCGCCGCUCCGGCGGCUCCAGCACCGACUACCGCAGCGCCGGGCACCGCUCCCGCGUCUGUCGUUGCAGCCGCCGCAACAGACGCUGUCGUGGCGGCUGCGGCUCAACCUGUGCCUUUGGCCAACCACCCCGUCACCAUCCCUGGCCCCGGUUUGGCUACCACCCCCGCCACCAUCACCAUAGCUCCCACCCCGAACCUGCUGCAGCCCAGCCUGGUCAUGACCGACCAGAACCUCCAGUGGAUCCUCAGCAGUGCUGCCCGCAGCCAGCAGAACCCAGAUCAAGCGUCGCAUCAAGGAACUCAAGUGGAAAAAGUUUUCUUCACCACAGCCAUUCCAGUGGGAGGAAAUGCUGGCAGCUCUGUUCAGCAGAUCGGCCUCAGUCUGCCUGUCAUCAUCAUCAAACAGGAGGAGUCCUGCCAGUGCCAGUGUGCCUGCAGGGACGUGGCUAAAGACAAGAGUUCAAAGAGUGCCUCCUCCGUUGUUUCCGCCCCAGCACCGCCGCAACCACCAGAGCCCCCUCCCCCCCCACCGUCACAACCCCCAGAGCCUCCACAUCCUCCAGCCACCGCGUCUUCUUCAUGCAGCCUCCCCGCGGCUUCCUCCAAGGUGGGUGAGGUGAGGCUGGAGGUCCCCUCUUCUUCUUCUUCUUCUUCUUCUUCUUCCUCCUCCUCCUCUUCCUCAGCUCAGACUCUCUCCACGAUAGUGAGCAGCACCGCCACAAACCCCCCCUCGUCUGACGGGUUAGCCAACAUGGACGUCUCGGACUUCCUCUCCCUGCAGAGCCCCGAGACAGCCGCCAACAUCGAGGCUCUGCUGCUGGUCGCCGAUGACUUCAGCAUGGCCACUGACGGCAAUCCUUAGAAGAGCGGCCUUCUGAGUGCGCCCACAGGCUUCAAAUCCACCCACAGCGACGCCUCUUCUUUCUCCCUAUAUAGUGUGCGAAUCUGCAGUGCUUUCUGUUCUGUAGAGAAUUGUGCAACACACACACAUACACAUAUACGUGUAUAUAUAUAUAUAUAUAUAUAUAUAUAUAUAUACACACACACACAAACUAUGAAUACUUUUUGUCUCAUUGCAGUAGUUGUAUUUUUAAAGACAAGAUUAGUUUGCUUAUUGAGAUUUAGCAAUGUCUAUGCUAAUGAUGAUAAUGCAGGGAAAAGGCAGUAGAUCCUUUUCUUUUUUUAUAAACAUAAUCCAAAUGUAUAUAAUAACUCAAUAUCCAAUCUGAAUGGAUUGGAUGAAACAAACAAGUGUUGUUGAAGCACUGAUAACUUAAGAGUUCCAUUUUCCUUGAAGGUCAGACGCCUGAGCAGGAAAACAACUUGUCUGUAUAUCUUUGUACUGUACUACAGGUCCUAACAUGCUUAACGCUGGUAUGCAACUGACCAGAAUGCACUGUUUAUUGGAGGAAUUUACUUUAAGCAUUGCUCCCAAUAGUAAUUUGAAGGGUUUGGUCACAUCGCCCCUCAUAAGGCUACAACAUGAAGUGAUUUCCUCCGUAUUUAGUUGUUGUUUUUUCCCUAGGAAGACUAGUGUAGUCCAGAAGAUGUGAUAGUUCUUUUAUUUCUUUUGACAGAUAUUUACUAAUCGAGAAAAGAACUUGUGAGCUGAUCUGCCUCUUUCAGUAAAAGUUAAUACAUCGAUAAGUUGCCUAUAACUUAAACUAAUUUAAAAUUGUACAUGUUAAUUUAUUGAAAUACAUGAUUCUUUCAUCAUACUGGUAUUACCCUUAAGAUAGCAGAAAGAAAUCUAUUAAUUUAUUCCAAUCACUUGUGUUUUGAAGUUGAGCUGUUUUUAUGUUACUGAAUUGUUUUAUUUUAAUUUUGUAAGAACGUGAUGGGUAUCGUUUGAGAACAGAGGCACCUGCAGUCGAACGCACAGUGAAACUAAACGUCCCGAGGAUCCGCUUGUUUGCAAAGAUUGUCCAUAAUGAGACAGUAAGCACCUACUGUCGACACCCCGUGUUUUCUAGGGUUGGGACCCUCUCAGGGAUGCAUCAAGUCACUCACAACUGAUCCCGGUUCCCUUCAUUUGUUACUCAGACAUACGUUUUUUACCAGAUGCCCACACACUUGCUGUAGCCCUCCGUUUCGCUGCACUCUUCCCUGUUUAUUGCACACUAACUUGUAAAGUGAGUAAUCCGACAACUUGUUCAACUACAGACCUUUUUUUUUUUUUUGUAUACAACUGCUGUAAAGUAGCAUUUAAAAGAUGUCCUGACGAUGUAAAUACAGUACAUUUUAGUGUAAACAUCUUUUGAGAAACUUGUAGAUUAUUCUAGAAUUUGUAUUUUUGUACAGACUUUUUGAAGUACUAACUGAGUUUGGAGCGUGCGUGCGUGCGUGCACCCUUAGUUAAUGUAUAGCCUCUGUCCUUGCAUUCGUCCCCGUCACAUGUAUGCAGAAGAGUUUUUUGCCGUGUUUCGUUGAAUCGCUCGUCAAGCAGCUGGGCUUUUGUACAGUCCCCAUAGUCACAGAAUAUACGUAACACAUAGCCUCCUGCUCAGAGUUUACCAGUAUUGUUUCACACGGGACACAAUGCAAUGAUGAGAGAACCAAGGCAUCAUGCCCUGUAUACGAGAGAGUGCAGAGCUACUUGGCCUUACAACAGAACUAUUUCCUUGAGCCUCCUUGCCUUCACAGUCUCUGCUUCAGACAGACAUGCCAACCCAUCAUCUCAUCGAGUCUCAGGCGAUCACUUCCAGCAGCAGACCACAAUAAGGCGAAAAGCGUCGAGACACAAAAGUUUACCGUUUUCCUAGAAACUGCCGUCUGUUUGGAAAGUCGUGAAUGGAUAUGCAGCGUAACGGUUAUAAGUGAUGUCACUCUACAUUUUUAGAUCCAGGCUGUAGGAUCAAACCAAACCGACACGCGUGUCACAGAACACACGUCUGGUUUCUUUUUGCCAAAAUUUAGGAGUUGAGCGUCCCCCUCAACUCACAGGUGCCAAGAAGGACCGUCAGAUAUGUGAAAGGCUCCAGUCACACAUGUGCUCUAAACCAUUCCAUAUAUGCAGUAUUAGUGUCUGUGCUCGGUUCCAUUGGAUCACAAAAUAUAAAUUGACUCAACAUUUCUUUGUAAAAGGCACUGAAAAUGACUGCCGGGUGUCCAGUUCAUACAUGCAUACAGUCAAAGAACUAUGCAAUUUUACGUAUGGCAUAAGUAAGUUAAAAUACUGACUCCAUGACAAACAUUCAUUCCUCCCUCCAUGAAGUCACAUUCUGCCACAACCUUGUAUGCAGAAGUCGCCUUUCUAAUGCAUACGAUGUUUAACCCGUUUCUGGAAGUCCAGUACAUUUUAUUUCACAUUUGAGUGGCGUGUCCGAGUACUGUUCCCAUGAAUGUUGCAGUGUGAUCCUUUUUACAUGCUGUUUGAAACCAACUGGAUUUGUUUGAGUAUUUAGUGAAUGAUUCUGUUUUAAGAAUUGUUUGUCAAAUGUAUGCAGCUUUUUUUCUUUCCCAGAUACAUUUUGUGUAAACAUGAUUCAUUUGGGCUCACUCCAAUUAUGUAAUCACUUUUCACUCAUUUAAAAAUGUUGAUGUGGAUAAUUUGUUGGCUCAUCUUCCACCAGUGAAAGUAGAACUGACAGCGGUCCAUAUUUGUUUAAAUCAAUAAGCAGAUGAAUCGGUGGACAUGUGGCCCAGGUUUGUCUUUCUGGGAGUUAACCUGAAAUGCAAACAUCAGAAGAACAAUUCACUGAUGGAGACAUUUGUUUGGAAGCAGAUCGUUUGAUCACAGAAUGUUAGCCAGUUCUUUUUGAAGGUGAGAGCUGAGUUUUUCCUAUUGGGCAACAUUUUAAGAGAAAAGAACAAUAUGUUUCCAAAGGAAUGUCUUGAAACCCAAAGAGUGAGGAAUAAUUAAGGGUUUGUAUUUUUUUUUUUUUUUUUAAAAAGAAUGUACAAUGUGAAAAUGUUUGCUUAUGCUUGUUUUGUACAAAAGUAAUAUGAUAAAUACAUUUCUGAAUUGAGAGCAAUAUAAUACUAAUAAAACCUUAUCCUUGUCACUGAAA